ACCUCCUCCGUGCCAGGAAGCUAUUUCCAAAGAACCUAUCAUGAUGAAAAUUUUAUAUUGGAUUCAGAAAAACUCUUAUUCCCAUAAAGAAAACCUUCAAUUGAAUCAGGAGACAGAAGCCAUGAAGGAAGAACUGUUGUAUUUUAAAGCUAAUGGUGGAGGGGCUUUGGUGGAAAACACAACCACUAGGAUUAGCCGAGACGUGCAGACAUUGAAGACGCUUGCAGAAGAGACUGGCGUCCAUAUCAUAUCCGGAGCUGGGUUUUACGUGAAUGCAACUCACUCCUCAGAGACCAGAGCCAUGUCAGUGGAGCAGCUUACCGAUGUCCUUAUGAAUGAAAUUCUCCACGGAGCGGAUGGAACCAGUAUCGAAUGUGGCAUUAUUGGAGAAAUCGGUUGCUCCUGGCCUUUGACUGAGAGUGAAAGAAAGGUUUUCCAGGCAACCGCUCACGCCCAGGCUCAGCUUGGUUGCCCUGUUAUUAUCCAUCCUGGGCGGCACUCCAAGGCACCAUUUCAGAUUAUCCGAAUAUUGCAAGAAGCAGGUGCAGACAUCUCCAAAACAGUCAUGUCACACCUGGAUAAGUAAGCAGGCUAUCUUACAAAUGGAUGCAAACUGCCAUAUAAUUAAUGCAUGAUCAA